CCCGCCCCCAGACUGUCCGCUCUCGGGGUGGCGGGAGGGGGCUGGCGGUGCGGCGAGGUCGGCGAGCAGCUCCGGCCGCGGGUCGCUCGGGCGCUGUCCAGGCGGAGCCGGCCCGGCCCGGGCUGCAGCCAUGAUCAAGCGCUUUCUGGAGGACGCGGAUGACGCAGAACUGAACAAGUUCGUGACGGAUUUCCCAGGAAGCGAGACCUACCACCCACCAGAGGCCAAGACCUUGGUGCCCAGGCCCCAAAUCCAGGAGCCGAGGCCCCAGGCUUCAGACCUCUGCCAGGAUGACCUGGAGUUCAAAUCCCCCUCGUGGCCCCAGCCCUCUGACAGCCAGCAGUACUUCUCUGCCUCAGCCCCCCUCAGCCCCUCAGCCCGGCCCCGCAGCCCGUGGGGCAAGCUCGAUCCCUAUGACUCCUCCGAGGAUGACAAGGAGUACGUGGGCUUUGCGACCCUCCCCAAUCAAGUCCACCGGAAGUCUGUGAAGAAAGGCUUUGACUUUACCCUCAUGGUGGCAGGAGAGUCGGGCCUGGGGAAGUCCACGCUGGUCAACAGCCUCUUCCUCACGGAUCUGUACCGGGACCGGAAGCUCCUCAGCGCAGAAGAGCGUAUCAUGCAGACGGUGGAGAUCACUAAGCACGCCGUGGACAUAGAAGAGAAGGGCGUGAAGCUGCGGCUCACCAUUGUGGACACACCAGGUUUUGGGGACGCCGUCAACAACACAGAGUGCUGGAAGCCUGUGGCCGAAUACAUUGACCAGCAGUUUGAGCAGUAUUUCCGAGACGAGAGUGGCCUGAACCGCAAGAACAUUCAAGACAACAGGGUGCACUGCUGCCUGUACUUCAUCUCGCCCUUCGGCCACGGGCUCCGGCCACUGGAUGUUGAAUUUAUGAAGGCCCUGCAUCAGCGGGUCAACAUCGUGCCUAUCUUGGCCAAGGCGGACACACUGACACCUCCUGAAGUGGAGCGCAAGAAACGCAAAAUCCGGGAGGAGAUUGAGCACUUUGGAAUCAAGGUCUACCAAUUCCCAGACUGUGACUCUGAUGAGGAUGAGGACUUCAAAUCACAGGACCUGGCCCUAAAGGAAAGCAUCCCAUUUGCUGUCAUUGGCAGCAACACUGUGGUAGAGGCCAGAGGGCGUCGAGUUCGGGGCCGGCUCUACCCCUGGGGCAUCGUGGAAGUGGAAAACCCAGGGCACUGCGACUUUGUGAAGCUGAGGACAAUGCUGGUGCGUACUCACAUGCAGGACCUGAAAGACGUGACGCGGGAGACACAUUAUGAGAACUACCGGGCACAGUGCAUCCAGAGCAUGACCCGCCUGGUGGUGAAAGAACGGAAUCGCAACAAACUGACUCUAGAGAGUGGUACCGACUUCCCCCUUCCUGCCGUCCCACCAGGGACAGAUCCAGAAACUGAGAGGCUGAUCCGAGAGAAAGAUGAGGAGCUGCGGCGGAUGCAGGAGAUGCUGCACAAAAUCCAGAGACAGAUGAAGGAGACCCAUUAGCUGACCCUGAAUAUUUAAACGCCGCCUCUUCGUCCUGCCUAUGUCGGCCCCUCCCAGCACCAGCUCUGCUCAGGCCCCUGCAGCUACUGCCACUUCGCCUUACAUCCCUGCUGCCUCCCCAGAGACUCAGAGGAAAUAAAGUUUAA